AUGGAAUCCUCGGGGCUGAAGCCACACGCCCGUCGAUGCCACGAGCUGACAUCUCGAGCUCCCCUCGGCUAUGGCGAUGCCCGCCGAAUAACGGCGCGGUCCGCAUGGGCAGAGCCGCUUGAAACCUUAAGUGGCCUUCCCAACAGCCCCUCUGUGCCGCAGGGCCCUGGGAGGCCGGCCACAUCCGCCGGGAGCGCAAACUUGCGCUCCUGGCUGCUGCGUCGCAGCAGGUGCCUGCAACGCCAGGAACUGCGAAACAAUCCCGAGACGUCGCCCACGCUCCCACAAGCUUGCAACGUAGACUUGGACCAGGACUUUGCUAUCCAUCAGCCAUUUAGAUGGAUACCCAUACAAGUGCGUGAUCUGGAAGACAACUACUUCCAGGGAGUCUAUGUGAAUUCUCUAUCACUGCGUUUUCAGCUGGGGCCAGGGAUAUCUUGGAAGCGCCUGGAUGUUGACAAGUCCAAGUGUUUUUGUGAAGCACCAGUGUCUUGCUGUUCCAUGGAGUCCAACAUUGUGUUAUGCAAGGGGCUGGUACGCUCUCAGUCUCAGUCAAGGACGUAUUCUGGUGUCAUUGCUCAGCUGCCUCCCGACAUGUGCCCAAGCUCCGCCAUGACCUUCACUGUACUUUGUAGAGAGCCUGGCUCCGAGCUCUCAUUAGCUGCUAUUGUGGUUACGCGAGAGGGAAUGAUAGUGGGUGACCUGCCACCUGGGCACUGCGUAGAUUUAAGUGGCAUCAGGUUCGCUACUCGGGGUGGCUUUCCCUUGACGGAUGGAAUACAGCUUUUCAGCUGCAGAGUUGGCACUCAACGGUUCGGCAUGCUCCAAGGCAGAACUUCCACAAAGUUUUUUCAUGUACUGGAAGACCGCGCAAUUGCCUCUAUCCCACCUGAUUUCACGCCCACUCAGCGCAUCGCUUUUGCAGCACCUGGCAGUCGAUCCAAAAGCUUUCACUUGCUGCACUUGGAGCCAAGCCCAGCUGGUGGAGACUUGCGAUGGAGCGAUGCUGUGUUCCACCGAGAUGAACUUGAGAUUUCUGGAGUGAUUUUUGAGAUGCUGGGUGAUGUGCAGUGCCUUCCAUCUGCCUUAGUGAGCAAUUGGAGCGAGGCUCGAAGACAGAUUGUCCUGAUGGACUUUCACAAGCUGCUGCUUUCAAGGUAUGGCAGCUUGAACGUGGCAUGGGAGGAGGCUUUCGAUGUUGCAGAUUACGGAUAUGUAGACUUCGCCCAGUUUUCUCAGGGCUGCAGGCGUGUCAAGUACAGCGGCAACGUUUGCCGACUUUGGUCAAUGCUAGAUUGCCAGAACGAAGGUACCGUCAGCUUUGAGGCGCUGCUUGGUCGGUCCAUGCCCCGGCCUGCCACGAGCAGGUACUGA